UUGGCGGUUGUCGCGACUGAGGACAUCGACGCGGGUGAAGUGCUGGACGAGUACUUGGGCGAGUUGGAGCAUUUGAGCGUCAACCCAGCCGGUCGACCUCGAAAUGAAGGCUACCGUCUCGUCAUGACCCAGCGACCUGAAAGACCGACCCACCCGAUACGUGUCGCCAUUAACGCAGCGGACAUGGGCGGCCUCAUGCACUUCGUUAAUCAUUCCUGUGCGCCGGUGGCGCAGCUCAUCGAGGUGGCGAACGGCCGUCGCACCACCGUUGUCGUUGCUACGACUGAACACAUUCGGGAAGGAGAGGAAAUCACCGUCGACUACGGGACGGAUCUCUGGUUUGUGUGUCGCUGCGGCCUCGAGACUUGCCGCCACCGCGAGAUCCAGAAAGAGCAGGACACGUAG